AUGGCCGUUGAGGAAAAGGCAGGCUUGGAGUCCCAAGCUACGACGCCCACUGCCGCUGCACCAACCGACGCGGCUCGGCGCAUAGACAUCGACGUUGGGGAAGACGACGCCCACCUUCGAAAGCACUGGUACCAGUUAUGGCUGCCCAAGAACCCUCCGCCCGCUUCUCCGCCUUCAUUGGAUGAUGCUAAGAUCAUACCUUUGGCGUCUGCCAAUUUCUUCUCACAGCUCACGUACCAAUGGAUUACCCCAAUCAUGACCCUCGGUUGGCAGCGUUCGCUGCAGGCAACCGACCUCUGGAAGAUGGACCCGUCCCGCGAAGUCGCGAACACAUCGCAUAACCUUGAGCAGGCCUGGGUUCUCCGCGUCCAGAAGGCGCAAGCCUGGAACGCAAAACUCGAUUCUGGAGAGGCCCGUCCUGGUUAUGCUCGCUCUUUACUCUGGCACCUCAAAGCCCUGCGUCAUUUAUCGAAGUACGGCGGGACGCUGCAGGCCUACGAGGCCCGGUGGCGCGCACUCGAUGGCCGCGCCGCUCCCAGCUUAACAUGGGCUCUCAAUGAUGUAUUCGGGUUCAACUUCUGGAUGGGCGGUGCUUGCAAAGUCGUGUCAGACACGUCCCAGCUCAUGAUGCCUUUGCUCAUCAAGGCCAUUAUCAACUUUGGCAAGAGUCGCGAGGCGGGAGAUACAGAGAACAUCGGCGACGGCGUUGGGAUGGCGAUUGGAUUAUUCCUUCUCGCCAUCAUGGUGUCAGUCUUUCAACACCAGUUCUUUUGGCGCUCCAUGUCGACAGGUGUUCUUGUCCGGGGUUCAUUGACGUCGAUGAUCUACAAGCGUGGUGUAAAGCUCACGCCUGAGGCUCGAGGAAGCAUGCCGAACUCGCGCCUCGUGAACUUUGUCUCGUCAGAUAUUAGUCGCAUAGAUGCAUGUGCUCAGUGGUUUCAUCCGGCCUGGACCGCUCCAAUUCAGGCGACAGUCUGCCUUAUCAUAUUGAUAGUCCAACUUGGUCCCUCGGCUCUCGCUGGCUUCGCUUUGUUUGUGCUCAUCGUGCCCCUCCAACGCUUCAUCAUGUCUCGGCAGUUCAAGUUGCGCAAGGCAUCUAUUGCUUGGACCGACAAACGCGCGAAACUCUUGCUGGAGAUUCUUUCGUCCAUGCGGAUUGUCAAGUACUUCACCUAUGAAAAGCCCUUCCUCGCACGUAUUUUCGAGUUGCGCAAGCAGGAGCUCAAAGGUGUCGUGCGAAUCCAGUUUGCUCAGUCUGCUAACUACGCCCUCGCCUUCUCGUUGCCCGUCCUCGCCGCGUCCUUGGCCUUCGUCACAUACUCGGAAACGCACCCAAACUUCGAUCCGGCCGUCAUCUUCUCUGCGUUCUCGCUUUUCAAUUUGCUCCGCCAACCACUACUCUUUCUGCCCCGCGCGCUAUCCACCGUCGCCGAUGCACAAAAUGCGAUCGUGCGGCUCACGGAGUUGUUCCUCUUGCCAACCAUGUCCGAAACGCCUCUGCUCAUCGACCCAUCCUUACCAGUUGCGCUAUCUGUCAAUGACGCGACAUUUCAGUGGCAGCAGGUGCAGGAACCAGAGGACAAGAAGGGGCGGAAAAAGAGCAAGGCAGUGAGGAGGAAGGAAAAGAAGGAGCUACUCGCUCAGAAGAUCAGAGAGAAGGAGGCCGAUGCUGCUUCGGAGAAGACACAUACCGGCGACGACAUCGACUCACAUACUCUGGACGAGAAGGCCAGCCUUCGAGAUGUCGGACGUGAUGUGCCUUUCUCGAUGCGCCACCUCAACUUCGAGGUUCCCCGCGGCUCACUCGUAGCUAUCGUCGGCAGCUUCGGCAGCGGCAAAAGCAGUUUGCUUCAGGGUCUGCUUGGUGAGAUGACGCGUACGCGCGGAGAGGUCACGUUUGGCGGCACCGUUGGAUACUGUCCUCAAAGCGCCUGGGUUCAGAACGCCACACUGCGCGACAACAUAGUCUUUGGUCAACCUUGGGACGAGGACAAAUACUGGAAGGUCAUCGAGAACGCCUCGCUCCUCGCAGACCUUGACGCACUGCCUGCGGGUGAUCAGACGGAGAUCGGCGAGAAAGGCAUCAACCUCAGUGGAGGUCAGAAGCAACGCGUGAACAUUGCCCGGGCGCUCUACUUCGAUGCCGAUAUCAUCAUCAUGGACGACCCGCUAUCCGCAGUCGACGCUCAUGUUGGACGCGCUUUGUUCGAAAAUGCCAUUCAGGGCUACCUACGCGCGCGCGGCAAGACCAUCAUUCUCGUCACACAUGCGCUUCACUUUCUACCCGGUUGUGAUUACGUCUACACGCUCUCUGACGGUCGCAUCGAGGAGCGCGGGACGUACAAGGAGCUCAUGGGCCGCAACGGCGAGUUCUCACGGCUCAUGCACGAGUUCGGUGCGCACCAGGACGAGGAGGAAACGGAGGAAGAUGAGAUCGAAGAGGAGGCUCCAGUAAAGGCCAGAGUCAUCGACGUCCGCGACAUGAUGGCCAAGGCUGCGCGUCAUACGCCCAAGUCCGGCGGCAAGCUUGAGGGUCGUCUAAUCGUCGGCGAAAAGCGCAACACCGGACACGUCAGCCUCGGCGUUUGGAAGGAGUACUGGAAGGCUGGACAUGGCAAAUACCUUCUUACCCUCGUCGCGCUGUUCUCUAUCCUGGGACAGGUUUCCCAAGGUCUUAACGGCUUCACGCUCGUCUGGUGGCAAGAGAACACUUUCGACAAAAGCUUCCACUUUUACCAGGGUCUUUACGCUGGGCUCGGCAUUGCCAAUGCGCUCUUCACGUUGUUCAUGGGCAUCACCCAAGACCUGCUCGGCGUCUAUGCCUCACAGAACCUACAUCACCGCGCUCUACGUAAUGUCUUCAUGGGCAAGAUGUCCUUCUUUGACACGACCCCCCUUGGUCGCGUCGUUGGUGUAUUUGGUAAAGAUGUAGACGCCCUCGACAACCAGCUCCCUGCUUCGAUGCGCAUGUUCUUGCUGUCAUUCUCCAACUUGCCUAGUUCUAUCGUCAUCAUCACCAUCAUCGAGCAUUACUUCAUCAUCGCUGCCGCCGCUAUUCUCUGCAUCUACGUUUUUCUCGCGCAGUUUUACGGCUCUAGCGCACGCGAGAUCAAACGCUUAGACUCGAUGCUGCGCUCUUAUCUCUAUGCUCACUUCACGGAAAGUCUGUCUGGCUUACCCACCAUCCGUUCUUAUGGCGAGAUCCCGCGCUUCAUCCGCGACGAGAAUUACUAUAUUGAUCUCGAGAAUCGGGCUCUAUUCCUUACUGUCACGAACCAACGCUGGUUGGCCAUCCGUUUGGAUAGCUGUGGUGCUGUCUUGACUUUUGUGGUUGCAAUCAUGGCCGUCGUUGGACUAAAGGGAGCCGAGCUGGAGAACUACAUGAACUCGGUCGAGCGCAUAUCGCACUAUAGCGUCGGGAAUGCAGUCUCUCCCGAGGCGCCUCACGAGAUCCCCGACGCGAAGCCGCCUGCGCAAUGGCCCGACAAGGGAGCGAUAGAAUUCAAGGACGUCCGGCUCUCGUACCGCCCCGGAUUGCCGGACGUGCUCAAGGGUCUGUCGAUCAGCGUGGGCGCGAGCGAGCGCAUUGGUAUCGUUGGACGUACGGGCGCCGGAAAGAGUUCGCUCAUGACUGCGCUCUUCCGUCUCGUCGAGCUGAACUCUGGGUCCAUCGCAAUUGACGGGUUGGAUAUCUCGAAGAUGGGUCUUGAGGAUUUGCGCUCAAAAAUCGCUAUCAUUCCACAGGAGCCGCUCCUCUUUAGUGGUACUGUGCGCUCAAAUUUGGACCCAUUCAACCUGCACGACGACGCGCGACUAUGGGAUGCACUCAGGCGAUCUUAUCUGGUGCCUAAGGCCUCCGGUGACGGCACCCCCGCGCCCGCUAGUCGCAUUACGCUCGAUUCGCCUGUUGAACCCGAUGGCGCGAACUUGAGUGUCGGAGAGCGUUCGUUGUUGAGUCUUGCUCGCGCGUUGGUAAAGGACAGCAAGAUCGUUGUGCUCGACGAGGCGACCGCAUCCGUGGAUCUCGAGACGGAUAGCAAGAUUCAAGACACGAUUCAAUCAGAGUUCACCGACAGAACUCUAUUGUGCAUCGCCCACCGUCUGCGCACUAUCCUUUCCUACGACCGCAUUCUAGUUCUUGACAACGGCAACAUUGCUGAAUUUGAUACGCCGCUCAAUCUCUUCAGUCUGCCGGAGGGCAUCUUCCAUAGUAUGUGUGUCGGCAGCUCCAUCACUGCCGAGGAGAUCGAGAAGGCCGGCUUGAAAGCAUAA